CUGAAGGAGGAGGAGAGAAGAAGAAUGAGAAGAAGGAAAAGGCAAAGAAGAAGAAAGUGAAGAAGAAGAAGAAGAAGCAGCCGAAGAAGAAGACGGCGAAGAAGAAGAAGAAGGCGAAGAAGAAGAAAGAAGAAAGAAAGGAGAAAAGAAAGAAGAACGCAAACAAACCAACUUUGCUCCGUCGUGGUUUGCAGAUGCAGCCUUUGUUGAACCAUGUCUAGAAUGAAUGUUUUAAGAGCGCUAGUCAGCGAGCUACUAAAUGCGGCGGUCGAGGAGAUAUUAGGAGCCUUCGAGAGGACCAUAGUAGAGUAUGAGGAAGAGAUAGAUCGACAGAAGAGGCUGCUGGACGUCUUCUUGCAACCCGAGAUUACGGUGCAGAAAAUAGACUUCGAGCAAUCUGAUCAGGAUUUAAAACAGGAGCAGAGCCCCAGUCUGAGCCAGGAGGACCCAGAGCCUCCUUAUAUUAAAGAAGAACAACAGGAACUUGGGAUCAGUCAACAGGAAGACCAACUGCAGGAAAAAAAUGAAAUCUCUGGGUCCAUAUAUAACCCGCAUUGUGAUGGUUCGGGUCUUGGUAAAGAUCAGUCUCUGCCCUUGCAGGACAAAAAUGAUAUGUCUGGGUCCAUAACUAAACCUGUUUGUGAUGGUAGUGGUCUCGGUAAAGAUCAGUCUCUGCCCUUGCAUUCCCUUGCAUACCUAAUCGGGAGCGUAACAGAAACCCCAGCCACCUCAUCUGAGUUGACACAAUCAGAUGCAAAUGAAGAUGACUUUCCAAUGUCAGAAUCGACUAGUACCUGCCAACCCCUUUCACUCCACUGUCAUGCAGCCGAAACUUCCAGCUGUGAAAACAGCAAGGAUGGAGAUGGAGCGUUAACUGAAGGCUUAGUGCUGAAACCAAUUAAAAAGCUUUAUAGCUGUGUUUUUUGUGGCAAAGAAUGUUCUAACGCCACAAACCUGAAAUGUCAUAUGAGGAUCCACACAGGGGAGAGGCCUUUCAGAUGCCUCACGUGUGGGAAAAUGUUUACCCAAAAGGCACAUUUGCAAAAGCAUGUAAGGACCCACACGGGGGAGAAGCCGUUUUUGUGCCAGGUUUGUAGGAAAGGGUUCGGCUCGAAUUGGCAUCUCAAACAACAUGUCAUGAUCCACACAGGUGAGAAGCCUCACACUUGUGGCCACUGCGAAAAGCGUUUCACCGACUAUUCGUCUUACAAAAGACACCUUUGGGUGCACACAGGUGAGAAGCCUUAUAAAUGUGACCACUGUGAAAAGAGGUUUUCUGACAAUUCAUCUUUUACAAAACACCUUCGUACCCACUUGGGGGCGAAACCUUACCAAUGUAAUGUUUGUGAGAAAAGUUUCUCCAUGAGCGCAGUCCUCAAAAUGCACAUGAGAAUUCAUACAGGGGGAAAACCUUAUAAAUGCAGCACUAGUGAUACAGAGUGAAUCGCUUCUGCUUGGCUCUGGACAAGUGUCACAGCACACCAGUUAAAGAGAACAGCGCUGAAAUUUUUUAAGAACUGAUAUGUUCUUUUGUAAUCUUUCACACCACAUGUAGCAUUAGCGGCUUGAGUGUCAAUCAAAUGGUGAUCUAUUAACAGAUUCUAUAUAUAUAUAUAUACAAUCUGUAGGCAUGGAACAGGAUUUUAUUAUCGGAAGUGUAAAUGUAGGCAUAGAAGUGUAAAGGAACAUGCUUUGGUUGCAUGUUGGUAACAAUCUGUGGGGUGCAAAAGGCGGAACGCAUUGGCCGAAAUGUUGUCUGGACCUAAAACCUGUGAAACAAUCCGGUCUUAGACGUCAUCUCUCAACUUGAACUCCCUUGUUGCGUCUCAACUAGCUAAUCUGACUAAACAAGGACGGGUGCAUGGAAGAGGAAGUCUUCAUAAGAAACGGAAGCACCGAAAUAUUGGCUGUUGUCCCCAGAGGCGACCUCUUGGUUCUGAUGAUCGAAUGGCAGCUCAAAAAGAACUGAAGCAAAUUGUUCUUUUUUUUUUCUCAAUAUCACUCGCUAUUUUAGUGUUAUUGUGAAUCUUUUUCAUUAUCAUUGAUACUUGGGACCUGUCUCAUGAAGCUCGUUGUUGUUAACCGUGUUUUGAUUUAUAUCUCAUUAAUUCUGUAUAGAUGUGAUUUGUUUUCUCCUUUCAGGCAUGGCAACAACGUACUGUAAUUUGUUGCCUCGCAGAGAGAGGGUACAGGGCUUGAUCUCAGCCCUUUAGUGGAGAGUUAGUAUGUUGUGUGUUGUAUGCAUGGGUUUUCAUCUGGGUACUCGGGCUUCCUCUCGCAUUCCAGACAUGCAUUUUAGGUGAAUUGGAGAUUGAGUUGCCUAGUAUAGUAAAUGAAUGGAGUUCAGAUGUGCCUAGCUUGGCUUGUAUAUAUACUUCAGAUAGGUAUACUGGUAUGUAUUGUGAGGCCAUAUUACCAUAUUUGAAAUGUACAGGCUAUAUUUCUGACUUUUAGCUGGGGGGGGGGUAAUUUGGGUAAUCGGAUAAGACGCAUAGAGGCAAGGGUUAUUUGAGACUUGUUACACCCCUUUGCCCUUUGCUUGACAGUUUCUUUUUUAUUAGCGUAAAAAUUCUGUGCCGAGUGAAUGGUCUUAGAAAGGAUGUAGGAUCCUUAUAAUGCUUAUAUGAUGUACUCAAGCUAUACUAUCCUUUUGCCUUUAUGAGCAGUAAUAAACCUACUUAUAUAAGUAUUUACACUUUUCUGCAAUUCCCAUCCAGUAAUCUCAUUUAGGUUUUGCAGCAUUACUUUUUGUUGUAAGGUGUUGUGUUAUUUACAUGAGAAUAAAUAAAAAAUUA